AUGACAACUGCAGACAUUAACAAUUUAAACAACGACUUCAUUGUCGUUUGGUUAGAUAAUACUAUUGAAAAGACCAAAGAUGAUCAAAAUACAAAAGCACUUAUACGACAACUGCUUAGAGAUGAUUUAUUAACAUUUGAUGAUCCAGAUAAAUGUAUUGAUAAUAUAACUGACGAACCGUUAAAACGAAUAUUUCUUAUUGUUUCUAAUACAUUUGGUAAGCAUUUUAUACCACUUGUACACGAAUUACCAAAUAUACAACAGAUAUACAUAUAUUGUGGUGAUCAAAACAAAGCUGAAACGUGGACUGAGCACUAUUCAAAAAUCUCUGGUAUAUUCACAAAAAAACAGGCAUUAUUACACAAAAUUUAUGAUGAUGUUAAUGUACAUGAUAAAGAUCGUGAUUUACUAAUGAGCAUAUUUCAUCUUGCGGAAAAAGAAAAUACACUAGAACAGUUAUCUAAAGAAAGUGUAACAUUUAUAUGGCAUCAGUUAAUAUUGAAAGUUCUUCGAUUAAUGACAAAAUACGAUAACUUAAAAGAUGAAAUGGUUCCUAAAUCUCAAGCAGCUUAUCGUGAUAAUGAAUUUGAAGAAAAUAAAAUAAAGUGUUUUCAAGAAAAUUCUUGUUCGACGAAAGCGUUUUGGUGGUAUACAUGUAAUAGUUUUGUAUAUCGAUUAUUAAAUAAAGCUUUACGAACACAAAAUAUUGAAAUUAUAUUUAAAUUUCGAUUUUUCAUCAAUGAUCUUCAUAAUCAAAUUGAGCAACUUUACCAUCAAUAUUUAGACAAUCAUACUUCUAUGAUUGGUCAUCAUAUAAUAGUCUAUCGUAUUCAACGUUUAAGUAUGAAAGAACUUGAUCUACUUAAAAGUAAUGUAAAUGAACUUAUUUCAAUGAAUAGUUUCUUAAGUGCUACAUUGAAUCAAGAGAUUGUUAAACUUGUUGCAGAUACAGAUGAUCAAUUGAAUAAACCAUCACCAUUACAAUGGGUUAUUUUCAUAAUUAAUAUUAGUAAUAUUAGUAAAGAAAUGACACCAUUUGCAUUUCUAAAAAAUUCUUCGUGCUUGCAAGAUGAAGAUCAAGAAGAAGAAGAAGUACUUUUUACGAUGGGUACUAUUUUUAAGAUCCAAUCAGUUGAACAACAUGAGAAUAUGUGGCAUAUUCAUUUACAACUAAGUAAAGAACAAAACGAACUUAGUCAAAGCCUUUCGGACUGCAUGAUGAAACAAAUCGGAUCAGAACCAGAUCCAUUGUUAUUCGGUUGGUUUCUUUAUCGGAUGAAUAAAUUUACCAAAGCGGAACGUUAUGCAAAAUUGAUGCUUACACAAUUUCCAUCGAAUGAUAAAGGAAGUGGAAAUGCUUAUAAUUUACUUGGUCUUAUUUAUCAAAAUGUUCAUAGACUAGAGAAAUCUGUUGAAUGUUAUGAGAAAGCUCUGGAUAUUUAUUCUCUUUUGAAUUGUCACAAUAGUCCUCAAGUUAUUGCUACUCAUUGUAAUCUUGCUUUGGUUUAUUUGAAAUUAGGAGAUAUUCGAAAUGCAGAAGAACAACAAAGACAAGCAGAAGAGAAGUUAAUCAAUUCCUCACAAGCAAAGAAUUCAUUACUUACAGCUACAGUAGAAAGUCUCAAAGCUAAAAUCCAAGCAGAAUAUGGUGAUGAUACGAGUGCUUUGGAAAAUCUGGAACUUGUUUUAAAGAAAAAAAAGGAACGAUUACCAUCAGAUCAUCCUUCAAUAGCAUCAACGUUGAAUGAAAUAGGUAUUGUACAUGAAAAAAUGAAUAAUGAUGUAAAAGCACUUGAAUAUUUUCAACAAGCAUUGGAAAUCGGUAAGAGAAGCUUACCAUCUGAUCACUUGGAUUUAGCUGAUUAUUAUGAAAAUAUUGCUCGUAUUUAUUACAAAUGCAAACAAUUUCGACUUGCUUUGGAGCAAUAUGAAUUAGCGCUAAAUAUUAUCGAAGAUUUCUCACAAGAGACUGAGAGGAUUGACAAGUUAUAUCAUUAUAUCACUGACGUGAGAAAAAAGUUACUUCAGUCAUAA